AUGGAUGAAAAUGAGACUAUUAAGCUUAAUUUAAAUCAAGUCAAAGAAGCGUAUCAUACAUUCAAAUCACAUUAUUCAGAAAAGAAUAUACCAAAACUAGUUGAAUUUGAUUCAAAUUUAACCAUAAAUGAGAAUUUAAAUCAUAUAUCAUUAUUUGCAUUGCAUAAUCCAUUACUUGCAUAUUAUUGUUAUAAACCUAUAUUUUUAGAAUUAAUAGCGAGAUGGAUUCAAUAUCCUAAUUUAUUUGAACAAGAUUCAUCAACAACUUCUGGAUCAAUAAUACUAUCAUCAUUAUCACAAUUAUUAGGUAUAUCAAAUGAAUAUUUAAACUUAUUUGAAUUAUUUUUACAAAAAUCAAAUUUUAAUACUAUCCAACCAAGGGAAAUAGAUUCAAUUUUAUUAGCAUAUUUUCGUUUAUUACAUUUUGAUUGUAAUAGAUUUAAACAUUAUAUCAACCCAAAUAUAAUAUAUAAAAUUUUAGAAGAGAAUGAACUGAAAGUUUCGAAAUAUUUAGCCAUCCAAAUAAUUACCAUGUACAUACUGGCAUCAGAACAAGUUCGAAAUAAUAUGUUGAAGAAAUAUAAUAUUGGGGAAGAAAUAUAUUCACAAAAUUCUUUAUUAAAUUAUUAUUUUUUACCAUUAGAAGAAGCAAAAAGAUUAUCAAAUUUUCAUAACCUACCACACUUGAAAUUAACAAAUUUUUCAAAUAUUUUGGAAAUUCCAAUCUCCGAUAUAUCAACAACAUUAUUAGCACCUGUUUGUGGAAUAUUAAUACCAAAAUUAAAUGGAGGAAAUACAAAACAAAACAUAAAAUUUGUACCUACCAAAAAUUCAGUUAAAAGUUUGAAAAAAUUAGCUCAUAAUAUACAAUUAAAUAAACCUGUUAUGUUAGUUGGAAAUGCUGGAUCUGGGAAAACUUUUUUAAUAAAUAAAUUAGCUGAUGAUUUAUCUUAUACAGAUUCAAUUGUUAAAAUUCAUUUAGGAGAACAAACUGAUGCAAAAUUAUUACUUGGAACUUAUACUUCUGGAGAAAAACCAGGGACAUUUCAAUGGAAUACUGGAGUAUUGACAUCAGCUGUGAAGGAAGGUAAAUGGGUUUUAAUUGAAGAUAUAGAUAAAGCACCUACUGAAAUUCUUUCAAUUAUUUUAACAUUAUUAGAGAAAAGAACUUUAACUAUUCCAUCAAGAGGUGAAGUUAUUGAAGCUAAAAAUGGAUUUCAAUUAUUUUCGACAGUUAGAACUGAUAAAAAAUUUGGUGUACCAGAUAUCAUUGGAUCAAGAUUUUGGGAAAUUAUUGAAAUACUACUGCCAAAUGAAAAAGAAUUAAAGCAUAUUUUAGAAGUUAAAUUUCCAAGAUUACAAAGUUAUUUAGAUCCUAUAUUAAGAUGUUAUUAUGAAGUUUUACGAUUUUACGAUUUAAAAGCAUUUAUUACCUUAAAUAAAGGAAGUCUUCCAAGAAUCAUAUCAACAAAAGAUUUAAUGAAAUUUUGUUCCAGAUGUGAAUUAUUAUUUGAAAAUCAAUCUGAUUUGAUUGAUGUUUCUAUUUAUGAUGAUGUAUUUGCUGAAGCUGUUUCAUGUUUUGGUAGUGCUAUUGUUGAACCUAAUGCAUUAGAACAAUUAGCAAAAUUUAUUGGAGAAAAAUUGGAAAUUCCUUCAUCUCGAAUUAAUUUAUUUUUAUCCAAACAUGCACCAGUUUAUCAAAAUGAAUCUGAAUAUUUAAAAGUUGGUCGAGCUGUUUUAAGGAAAUCCAUAAAUCACAAAAAAUCCGAAUCAUCAUCAUUCGCAAGAACUAAUCAUGCACUUCAUUUAAUGGAACAAAUCGGAGUAGGUAUAAAAAUGGCCGAACCUUUAUUACUUGUUGGUGAAACUGGUACAGGUAAAACAACAAUAGUUCAACAAAUUGCCAAAAUACUACAUAAAAAUUUAACUGUUAUUAACGUUUCUCAACAAACAGAAGCUGGUGAUCUCUUAGGUGGUUAUAAACCAAUCAAUUCAAAAACUUUAGCUAUAAAUGUUCAAGAAGUAUUUGAAAAAUUAUUUUUAGCGACUUUUUCAGAGAAAAAAAAUGAAAGAUUCAAUAAAAUUUUAUCUAAAUGUUUUAAUAAUAAUCAAUGGAAAAAUGUAGCUCGAUUGUGGAGUGAGGCACAAAAACUGGCCAUAGAUAUAUUAAUGAAACAGCCAAUGGAUGAUGAACCAAGAAAGAAAAGGAAAACUGAUAAAACCUUUUUAUUACAAAAAUGGAAUGAAUUUAAAAAGCUUUUGGAGGACUUUGAAGUUCGUACAACUUCAGAACAUUCAUUUGUUUUCGAUUUUGUUGAAGGGUCAUUAGUAAAAGCGGUAAGAAAUGGUGAUUGGCUUUUACUUGAUGAAAUUAAUUUAGCAAGUUCAGAUACUUUAGAAAGUAUUGCUGAUUUAUUAAGUGAAACUACAGAUCAAAGAUCAAUUCUUUUAUCAGAAAGAGGUGAUACUGAACCAGUAAAAGCUCAUCCUGAAUUUAGAAUUUUUGGUUGUAUGAAUCCAUCAACUGAUGUUGGUAAGAGAGAUUUACCUGUAAGUAUUCGAUCAAGAUUUACUGAAAUUUAUAUACACUCACCAGAUAGAGAUUUACAAGAUUUGUUAAAGAUUAUUGAUAAGUAUGUUGGUAGAUUUUCAAUUGGGGAUGAAUGGGUUGUCAAUGAUAUUGCUGAACUAUAUUUGAAAGCUAAAGCAUUAUCAGAACUGAAUAAAAUUGUUGAUGGAGCUAAUCAAAGACCACAUUUCAGUAUUCGUACAUUAACAAGAACUUUGAUAUACGUAUGUGAUAUUAUUCCAACAUAUGGACUAAGGAGAUCAUUAUAUGAAGGAUUUUCAAUGACAUUCUUGACAUUAUUAGAUAUUAAAUCAGAAGAAAUAUUGAAACCUGAGAUUAUAAAAUAUACAAUUGGUAAAUUAAAAAAUAUGAAAUCUGUUAUGAGUCAAAUACCAUCUCCUCCUAAUCUGGCUCUGGUUCAAUUUAAACAUUAUUGGUUGAAACAUGGACCUAAUGAAAUAAUACCACAGCCUAAUUAUAUUAUAACACCAUUUGUUGAAAAAAAUUUAUUAAAUUUAGUUAGAGCUACAGCUGGUAGGAGAUUUCCUGUUUUAAUUCAAGGUCCAACUUCUGCAGGUAAAACAUCAAUGAUUAAUUAUUUGGCAAAUAUAACUGGACACAAAUUUGUUCGUAUAAAUAAUCAUGAGCAUACAGAUUUACAAGAGUAUCUAGGUACUUACGUCAGUGAUACAUCGGGAAAAUUGGUUUUUCAAGAAGGUGUAUUAGUUGAAGCUUUAAGAAAAGGUUAUUGGAUUGUUUUAGAUGAAUUGAAUCUUGCACCAACUGAUGUAUUAGAAGCUUUAAAUCGUUUAUUAGAUGAUAAUAGAGAAUUAUUAAUACCUGAAACACAAGAAGUUAUAAAACCUCAUCCAGAUUUUAUGUUAUUUGCUACUCAAAAUCCUCCUGGUUUAUAUGGUGGUAGAAAAGUUUUAUCAAGAGCUUUUCGAAAUAGAUUUUUAGAACUUCAUUUUGAUGAUAUACCACAAGAUGAAUUGGAAAUAAUUUUAAAACAAAGAUGUCAAAUUGCUCCAAGUUAUGCUAAAAAAAUAGUUGAUGUUUAUAAGCAAUUGACAUUUCAACGUCAAUCUACAAGAUUAUUUGAACAAAAAAAUUCAUUUGCUACUUUGAGAGAUUUAUUCAGAUGGGCACAAAGAGAUGCAGUUGGAUAUGAAGAAUUAGCAAUUAAUGGAUAUAUGCUUUUAGCUGAGAGAGUUAGAAAGAAGGAUGAAAAGUUGGCUGUUAAAGAAACCAUUGAAAAAGUAAUGAAAGUUAAACUAGAUACGGAUUCAUAUUAUGAUAAUUUUAAUAUAGACGCACUUAUUGAAAGCGAUACUACUGUUGUUUGGACAAAAGCGAUGAGACGUUUAGCAAUUUUAGUUUUGGCAUCUAUUAAGAAUAAAGAACCAAUAUUGUUAGUUGGAGAAACAGGUUGUGGGAAGACUACUAUAUGUCAAGUCAUUGCUGAUUUUUAUAAAAAACAAUUAAUAGCUGUCAAUGCUCAUCAAAACACUGAAACUGGUGAUUUAUUAGGUAGUCAAAGACCAAUUAGAAAUAAAGCUAACAUAAAAGAAGAAUUAAGAGCUGAAAUUUUGACUUAUUUAAAUAAAACUGAUAAUUUGUCAUCGCUUGAUGUUCUUAUAAGUGAAUAUAAAAAUACUGGAACUAUGGUAGACACUAUUGAAGAUCUCAUAAAGUUAAAUUCAGUAUUAUUUGAAUGGUUAGAUGGUCCACUAGUUAUAGCCAUGAAAACAGGUAAUUUUUUCUUACUAGAUGAAAUUUCAUUAGCUGAUGAUUCUGUUUUAGAAAGAUUAAAUUCUGUAUUGGAACCAGAAAGAAGUUUAUUACUUGCUGAAAAAGGUAGUGAAGAUGCUUUUAUUGUUGCAGAAGAUGGGUUUAGAUUUUUUGCUACAAUGAAUCCAGGUGGUGAUUACGGGAAAAAAGAAUUAUCACCAGCUUUAAGAAAUAGAUUCACUGAAAUUUGGGUUCCUUCUAUGGAAAACUUCGAGGAUGUUCAUCAAAUAGUUGAAUCAAGGCUUAGUGAGAGGCAAUUAACUGAUUCUAUUGUUGAUUUUUCAAAAUGGUUUGCAAUGGAAUUUGGAGGAGGAAGUACAGAUAAUGGCGUUAUAUCUUUGAGAGACAUAUUAGCGUGGGUUGAAUUUAUUAAUUCUUGUAAUUAUUUGGAUCCUAAAGUUGCAUUUUUACAUGGUGCUUUAAUGGUAUUUAUUGAUGCAUUGGGAACAAAUAACACUGCAUACCUUGCUGAAAAUGUCGAUAUUCUCGAACAAAAUAAAUCAAAAUGCAUUGAAUUUUUGAAAAGUGAUAUUGAAGUUUCCAAUUUUAAAAUUCAAAUAGAUGAUAAAUUUUUCAAUGCUGGUCAUUUUCAAAUUUCUAUCAAAAGUACUGCUGCAGCUCAACAAUCUUUCAGUUUAAAUGCACCAACUACGGCGAAGAAUGCUAUGAAGGUUGUUAGAGCAAUGCAAGUAAAUAAACCAAUCUUGUUAGAAGGUAGUCCGGGUGUUGGUAAAACUAGUUUAAUUACAGCUUUGGCUUCAGCUACUGGUAAUAAUUUGAUACGUAUAAAUUUAUCAGAGCAAACUGAUUUAGUUGAUUUAUUUGGUUCUGAUUCUCCAACUGCAAAUGGAAAAGCUGGUGAAUUUUCAUGGAGAGAUGCACCAUUUUUAAGAGCUAUGCAAAAAGGUGAAUGGGUUUUACUUGAUGAAAUGAAUCUUGCUUCACAAUCAAUUUUAGAAGGAUUAAAUGCUUGUUUGGAUCAUAGAGGUGAAGCUUAUAUUCCAGAAUUGGAUAAAUCAUUUAAGAAACACCCAGAUUUUAGAAUCUUUGCAGCUCAGAACCCACAAUAUCAAGGUGGAGGAAGAAAAGGUUUACCUAAAUCAUUUGUCAAUCGUUUUAGUGUGGUUUACGUGGAAACAUUAAAAGCUGAAGAUCUUCAAUUUAUUUUAUCAUAUUUAUAUCCUUCGGUUGAAGCAGCUGAAUCGGUAAACUUAAUUGAAUUUAUAUCAGAAAUUGAAGAUCAAAUUGUUCAAAAAAAAUUAUGGGGUCAUCAAGGAAGUCCAUGGGAAUUUAAUUUAAGAGAUUCAUUAAGAUGGCUAAGUUUAUAUACAAAUAAAAAUUUGAAACUUAAUAUCGAGUUGGCUGAUUUUCUUGAUAUGGUAAUUUUGCAAAGAUUUAGGAAUAAGGAAGAUCAAGAAAGGGCUUUAAAUUUAUUUGCAAAAAUAUUUGGCUCAACACCAAAACAAGAAAAUUAUUUUAAGUUGACAGACUUGUAUAUUCAGAUUGGUUCUGCCCUUGCAAAGAGGAAUGAAUAUCAACAAUUUUACAAUGAAAAAUUAUUACCGUUGCAAUGUAAUUACAAAAUUAUGGAAACGAUGAUAAGAUGUAUUGCAAAUAAUUUACCAAUAAUAUUAACUGGUCCUUCAAAUUCUGGUAAGACUAGUAUUAUUCGUUACAUGGCUAAUAUUUAUGGUGCAAAAUUGGAUGAGUUUUCAAUGAAUAGUGAAAUUGAUUCAAUGGACAUAUUAGGUGGUUAUGAACAGUAUGAUUUGUCUAGAGAAUUGCAUAAACUUUUGCAAAAAAUAGAAAUUGAAAUGAAUGAGAUUGUAAUUAAAAUGCAUGAUGAAUCUGAUAAAGCAUUAUUUGUUUUAAAUUUAAUUCCGACGGUUGAAUUAGAGUCAUAUGAGAAAUUGCAUGGUCAUCUUGAAAAUUUGGUAGACCCAGAUACAUUUGAAGCAUCAAAAUUAUUGGUUAAAAAAUUGAAUGAACCAAACUCAUUGAAAUUUGAAUGGUUUGAUGGUUUACUUGUACAAGCAGUUGAAAAGGGUCAUUGGUUAAUUUUAGACAAUGCAAAUUUGUGUCCUCCAUCAGUAUUGGAUAGGUUAAACUCAUUACUUGAAACUAAUGGAACAUUAAUAAUUAAUGAAUGUACUUUGGCAAAUGGUGAACCAAGAGUUUUAAUUCCACAUCCAAACUUUAGGUUAUUUUUAACAGUGGACUUUAGAUUUGGUGAAUUAUCAAGAGCAAUGAGAAAUAGAGGUAUAGAAGUUUACAUGGACCUGUUGGAAGAUAGAAUGACUUUGUAUGAUAAAAAACAAGUAGAAUUGCUCACCACAUCUAGUUAUGGUUUUGAAAGAUUUUCGGAUUUACAAGAUUAUAGUAUGAUCGAUGAUGUGAUAAAUAAUGGAUCAAAAACAAUAAGCUCUACUCUAGGAGUCUUAUCUAAAGCUGGUAUUGAUUGGGAAAAUUUUAUUUUGAAAUCAGAAGAAUUUACAAGUGGUGAUAAACUUCUGGUUGAAAGAGUUGUGGAGGUCAAUUCUGUAAUAAACAAAUUUGAUUUAAAUUUGAAAAGGUUUUAUGACAAUUCAAAUUUAAUUGCGAAUGAAAUAUUGAAUGAAGAUGUUGAAUUUAAAAAAUUUCAAUCAUUGCAUCCAUUGAUUAACAUAUCCAUUUUGUCGUCAAUAAUCCCUAAUUUUCCAUUAACCCCUACUUGUGAAUCAACUAUGCUUUUUGAAGUUAUAAAUUUAGUGAAAGAUUUUGGAAAAACUAUAGCUACUAUAGAGGAAAGAUGUAUGAUCAAAAAAGUUGAAGACUUAACCUAUAUUGAAAAAUCUGCUGCAAUUGCUGGUGGAAGAAAUCUUAAAUCUAAUCCUAAAAUAGACUUGUAUACGGUUGCUCAAACUGUUUUACAAUUUGUUGUCGGUUCCAUCACAGAGACUGAAUUAUUAAGUAAACCUAUUUACACUCCUUUAUUUGAAUUAAUCAAUAUGAACCAAGUUUUAAUUCAAGAACAGAAUGAAGCCAAAAUCAGAGUUUUUCAAGAUUUGAUAACUACUUGGUGUGAGAAAAAUAAUGCCAAUGAUUUGAUAAAAAAACUCAACUUUUUUGGUGAAAAAUUAAUGUUGUCAACUGGUUUGUCAAUGAAUUAUAUAUGGGAAUAUUUUAGAGGCGAUUAUCCACAGUCUUUACAAGGUUGGGAAAAUUUACAAGUAAUUAUUUCAUUGAUGCAAGAUUUUGAUUAUGUUUCAAAACAACAAAGAAAUGAUGUUACUCCACUUGCUUUGUUAUUUAAAGAGUUAUAUAAGUCAAUUAUUAACAAUGAUUUUGAUGAAUCAGAGUUGAGAGAUACUUUGGUGAAAGUUCAAGAGGAAUUGAGUAAGUUAAAGAAUAGAAAAUCAAAGGCAAAUGUAUUUGAAGAAGACUUUACAUUUAUUAGUGAUUUUGUUGAAAAUGAAAAAGAUUUGUUGAAACUUUACAUAUUUAUUAAAAGACCUUUAAUUUCACUUAUUGCAAACAAUACUUUCAAACCUUAUCCUAUUGUUUUGAAAAAUGUAUCGCAAAAUUCAUCACAGGUUCAAGCUUUAUUUACCAGUUUGUUAUUCAGUUCCACGAUUGAAAAGUGCUAUCAAAUAUUUAGUAGUCCUGCAAAUCAAGUCAAAGAAACACUUUCAGAUCUAAGUCAACUUAAUUCUACGAUGAUUGAUCAAUCAAACUUGAUUUUGUCGAAUCAAAAGGAGAAAUUUUCGAGUUUAUUAUUACGUUGGACUGAUGAAGUUUAUCUUGCACAUCCUGAAUUGAAUUCAAAUAUAAGCAAGCAAUAUUUAAUGCUGGCUGUUACUUUAGCAAAAGAUCGGGAAAGUUUAUUCGACUUAGGAAAAUCUUGGAUUUUGUUUUCACUUGGCCUCAUUCAAUUGUAUUUACCAAAUGGUCCAAAUGAUCCUGCUAUUAAAGAAUACGUCAUUGCUGAAAUUUAUUCCGCUUAUAUGUCACAUGUUAGUGAAAUAAAGUCUUCAUUUAAAAACGCUAGAGAAGUUAUCAAAGGAGACGAGAUUACAUUUUUAGAAUCAACUUUGAAUCAACUUGAUCAGCCAGCUCCUGUAAAACCAAAAGUUUAUCGUCCUACAAAAUCAAUUGAUAAUUUGAUAGCUGAAUGGAAUGCAAUAGUUGAAUCAUCUUUAAGAUCUGUUGAAACUUUGGUAAUAGAAGCUGAGAAUGGGUCAAAUAUAACUGAAAAAGUUAAAUUGCUACAAAUCAACCUUUCGAAAUUUGCAUUAAGAAUGGAACAAAAUUAUUAUUUGUAUUCAGAUUUAAAUGAUAUUUUACUUGGUUUUAUUUAUAGCUUGAAAUUUGGACUUGAACUAAUAAUGAUACCAAAAGACAAUGGAUUUUCUAAAGACUUUGUGGUGGAUACUCCAAAAUUAAUAACUGAUGAAGGUGUUUCAACACAAUUUUCCAAAGCUCAAGAUUUUACAAAAAAUUUUGGUGUUGAGAAUCAGAUUGUGGAAAAAAUAAUGAAUUUUUUUAUGGUUAUUGGUAUUGUUAAUAAUGAUGAGAAUAUUUUGAAUCAGUCACUUAAAUCAUUGUAUUACAGAUGGUCACUUCGUAGAAUGAGAGAAGAACAAGCUAAAUCAGAAGAAGGUAAUUUAUUUAAAUAUAAAAAUGUUGAAGACAAUGUUGAUCAAGAUUUUCAAAAUUUAUUCCCAGAUUAUGAGGCUAUUGUAAAUGUUGAAGUUGGAAAAGAAAAGUCAAAUUUUGAAGACAUUUAUAUGCAAAUUGCAAAAUCCUAUAUGGAUAAUUUUGCUGGUGAAAAGUCAAUUGACUUAUAUGAUCUAACUGCAAAUGGUUGUAAACUUUUCGAUUCAUUGAAACUGUAUGAUUUAAAUAAUGGAGACAUAAAUGCUUCUGGAUUAGCAUCAACUAUUAAUUCAUCUCAUGAAGUUUUUAACAAAUUAAAUAAUCCACUGGAAAAAUUUCAUUUUUACAAAGAUAGUAAUCCAAAAGAGGUAGAAAAUGCUAUAAAGAUUGUUCAAGAUGUUUAUAAUGCAUCUAAAAAUUUACUGGAUCAAUGGCCAGAACAUGCUACUUUGAAAAAUAUUGUAUUUGCAACAUCUGAAUUUUUAUCAUUUCCAAUCAAUUUACCAUUAGGUAGAUUCUUACAAAAAAUUGAACAAAUAUAUACUUAUAUUGCUGAAUGGCAAAAAUAUUCAUCUUCACAAACAUCACUUGAACCGCAAUAUAAUCAAUUAACAAAUUUAAUUAUUAGUUGGAGAAAAUUAGAAUUAUCUACUUGGAAUUCAUUAUUUCAUUAUGAAGAUGUUACUUUUGAAAACAAAGUUGGAGCUUGGUGGUUUAAUUUGGUGGAAGUAAUAUUAAUCCCAAUUUUGGAAAAUGAUAAUCAAGAAGAUCAAGCCGUGAAAUUAUUAUCUGCAUUAAAUAUUUUCAUGAGUAAAAUGUCAUAUGGAGAAUUUUCAAGUAGAUUAAAGAUCUUAAAAGCCUUUAGAAAUCAUGCUUUGAAAAUUGAUGAAAAUAAUAAAAUUGUUGAUGCUUUGACAAAUUUUAUCAAAUUUUAUGAUUUAUUUGAGCCAGUGAUUAUUGAAAAUAUUAGAAUUACUAAGGAUAAAUUACAAAAAGAUAUUAAUGAGGUGUUGUUGUUAGCAAGCUGGAAGGAUGUAAAUAUUGAUGCUUUAAAACAAAGUGCAAGAAGAUCACAUAAUAAUUUGUAUAAAAUUGUGAGGAAGUAUAGAGAUUUAUUAAAUACUCCAGUUCAGCCGAUUAUUGAAGCAGGAUUAACAAUUGGAAAUGAUAAUCAUAAAUUAGUUGAUUUACCUGUGAUAAAUAAAAUUGAAAUUACACCAGAUGGAGCUGUUCAAAAUAUUCCUUCAUGGAGUGAAAGACCACAAAGAUUACAAAACUUAUCAAUGAUCAAAAAAAACUUAAAAAUAUAUAUUGAAAGAGUUGAAAAAGAAACCAUACCCAAAUUAUCAGAUUUUGCUGCUGAAGUUUUUGAUGAUAUGGAUCAAUUACGAAAAGAUACUCCAACUCAAUUGAAAGAAAGUAAUAAAAAAUUAGUUGCAGCAUUGAAAACUCAAAAAAUGAAAUUACUUAGUGAUACAAUAAAAGAAGUUAAACGUUCUGGUUUAAAAACAAGUAUGCGUUCAGAUAUUAUUGCAACACAACGUUCAAUUAAUUUAAUUUUAGCAAAUUCAAAAUCAUUAAAUGGUUAUGUUGAAGGAUGUGAUGAUAAUUUUUUUAAAAUAUUGGAUUUAUUACCACGUUUACGUGCUGCAGUAGCGUCUCCAUCAGAUGAUGUUCCUAUAUCAGAUAUUGAGAAAAGUAUGGCUGCUACAGAAAAUUUAGUACACUUGUUGGUAGUAAAAAGAUCACCACUAGAGUCGUUUGCUAAAAAAUUUGGUCAAUUGUAUAGGAGUUAUUCAAGUGUAUCAAAAUUGGCAGAAAUGAAUCAAAAACAUGAGAAGUUAUGUGAAAUAAACUUUGGAAAUGCUGGUUAUUUGAAAAAAUGGUUCCCUAAAGUUUUGGAUUAUGCUAUGAAAACACUAUCUAUUACUAAACAAUAUUCAACAAUUGCUGUUUCAAAUAUUUUUGCUGACUUAAAAAAUGAAUUAGAGUUAAUUGAUUUUGAAAUUGAUUCAGUAACUACAUCUCAUGAUUUGACAUUGGUUGAUAAAUUUAAACAAUUUUUGGAACACACAAUUUCGUCCUUACAAAAUUGGAAAACUCAAAAUGUAAAACAUGGAUUUAUUGCAGAUAUUGUUUUAGAUUGGUUAUACUCAAAUCCAAAUCAAGCAUCUAAUGAGUUUAUUAAUGAUCACUUCACAAUCGAAGAUAUUGAAUUAGAGUUUAGAAAUUUAUCAUCGAUGAUUCUUGUUGCUGUUCAAAAAGUAACAGAAAAUCAAGGUCAAGGAAUUACUAGAGAUGAUGAUGGGUGGUUAAUUGAUUCACAAACUAGAUUAUCUCAAUAUAUCAAAUAUACUCAUAUUAAUUCAAUAUUAUCGAAAAUUGAGAAAUGUAUAGAAAUUUCCAAAGUUUCAAUUGAUUCAUCACAUUUAAUUUCAGCUUUAAGUUCAUUCACAAUACCCUUGAUAGAAUAUUAUUUUGAAUUAUGUUCAAACAUUUUAACUAAAGUUAGAUCAAGUUAUCAAGAUUUAUCAAAAGCAACAUUACAAUUUUCAUCAAUACUUUAUACAUUAGCUACAAAAGGAUUUUGUUCUCCAGAACCACCUAAUGAACAAAAAGAUGAUAAUAAUUUACAUGAUGGAACUGGUUUAGGUGAUGGUGAAGGUGCUCAAAAUAAUAACAAUGAUGUUGAAGAAGAUGAUGAUUUAUUAGAAGAUGCUCAAAAACCAAAUGAAGAUCAAAAGAAAGAUGAAGAUGAUGAAAAUAAUGAAGAUGAUGAUGCUAUUGAAAUGGAAGGUGAUAUGGCAGGUGAAUUGGAAGAUUUAUCAGAUCAAGAAAAAGAUGAAAAUGAGGAGCAAAAUGGUGAAGAAGAAGAAGAAGAAUUGGAUGAAGAAAUUGAUGAUUUAGAUGAUUUAGAUCCUAAUAAUGUUGAUGAAAAAAUGUGGGAUGAAGAAGCUAAAGAAGAGAAAGAGAAAGAAUCGGAUAAAUUGCCGGAAAAUUCAAAUAAUGAUGAUGAAAUGGAAGCAAAAGAAGAUGAUGAAGCAAAUGAUAAAGAAGGAGAUGAAAAAGAUCAGCAGGAAAAUGAUAAUGAUGCUGAUGAAGAAAAUGAUAUUGGAGAACAAGAAGAUGAAGUUGAUAAUCAAGAAGGAGAAAAAUUAGAAGAUGUACCAGAAUCUGAAGUUUUAGAUUUACCAGAUGAUAUUAAUCUUGAUGGAGAAGAAAAUGAUAAUGAAGAAGAGGAUGAUAAAGAUUAUGAAGAUGAUGAAAUCAGUGAAGAAGAAGAGACGAAAGAGAAUGAUGCUGAAGAUGAAAAUAAUAUGGAUGUUGAUGAAAAUAAUGAAGAAAAAGCAAAUGAAGAAGUAGAUGAAAAUGAUGAAGAAGAUGAGAAUGAAGAUGAAGCUGAUGAAAUUGUAGAAACUGGUGCUGAAGUUACAGAAGAUCCAAAAGAUGAAGAAGAAGAUGAGAGUCAACCAGAUUUAGAUGAUGAGACUAAAAACGAAGAUGAAGAAGGUGGUGAUGAACAAGAAAAAGAUAAAGAUUCUUCAAAAGGUACGGAAGGUGGUGCAGAUAUAGAAAAUGAACAAAAUGAUGUAGAUAUGGAUUCAGAUGCCGCUAUAGAUCAAGAAGUUGGAAAAUCUGGAGAUGGUGGUGAAAAUGAAAUAAAUAAUGAAGAACAAUCAGAUCAAAUAGGUUCAAAUACAACUAAAGAAGAAAAUAAUGAAAUUGAAAAUAAUAAUAAUAAUAAUGAAGAAGACAAAGAUAAUGUUGAUGAAAUUUUCAAACAAAUUGGUGAUUCAUUAAAAGAAUUUCAUCGUCGUAGACAAGAAAUUUUAGAAAAUCAAGAACCAAAAGAGGACCAAAAACAAGAAGAAUCAGCUAAUAGAAAUUUAGAUGAAUUUCAACAUACUGAAGAAAAUAUUGAUAUGCAAGCUUUAGGUGCUGCUAAUAGAGAUCAAAUUCAGUCAUUUAAUGAAGAUAUGGCUAUUGAUGAUGAGGAUGAUAAGCAAGUGAAUGAAGAUAAUGAAGUUGAUAAAGAAGAGGAGAAACAAGAGAUCAAUGAUGAAGAAGCGGUGGAAGCAGAUGUUGCUGAUGAUGAAGCUGGUGGAGUUGCUCAAUCUGUUAACCCAAAUCAAGAAAAUAAUAAUGAAGAUCCUAUUACUAAUCCUCAGCAAAUGGAUAUUGAUGAUUUUGAAGAAACUGAGGAAGAAGAAAUUGAAGAAAUGAUGCAAAAUUAUGAAAUUAAUGAUUCAAAUCAACCACCAAUACCUAUAGAAGAAGCCCGUAAAUUAUGGAAAGAAAGUGAAUUAGCGACACAAGAAUUAGCUUCAGGAUUAUGUGAACAAUUAAGAUUAAUAUUAGAACCAACAUUAAGUACUAAACUUAAAGGUGAUUAUAAAACAGGAAAAAGAUUAAAUAUGAAACGUAUUAUACCAUAUAUUGCAUCAGAUUUUAAAAAGGAUAAAAUUUGGUUAAGAAGAACAAAACCUUCAAAAAGAUCAUAUCAAAUAAUGAUUGCUGUAGAUGAUUCAAAAUCAAUGUUAGAAAGUAAAUCAACAAAAUUAGCUUUUGAUAGUAUUGCAUUAGUUUCAAAAGCUUUAACUCAAUUAGAAAGUGGAGGAUUAUCUAUAGUUAGAUUUGGUGAAGAUAUUAAAAUUGUUCAUCCUUUUAAUAAACCUUUUAAUAAUGAAAUUGGUUCAAAAAUUUUUCAAUGGUUUGAUUUUAAACAAUCAAAGACUAACAUUCAAGAGUUAUGUAAUCAAUCUUUGAAAAUUUUUGAAAAUGAAAAAUUUGAAAGUGGUGGUUCUGAUUUAUGGCAAUUACAAAUUAUUAUAAGUGAUGGAGUAUGUGAAAAUCAUGAAAAUAUUAUAAGAAUGGUUAGAAAAGCAAGAGAUGAAAAAAUUAUGAUGGUUUUUGUUAUUAUUGAUGGUAUUAAUCUGAAAGAAUCUAUAAUGGAUAUGCAACAAGUUAAAUAUGAAACAGACGUCAAUACAGGAGAAUCAAUUUUAAAAGUUGAUAAAUAUCUUGAUAAUUUUCCAUUUGAAUUUUAUGUUAUUGUUAAAAAUAUUAAUGAAUUACCUGAAAUGUUAUCAACUAUUUUAAGACAAUAUUUUACAGAAAUAGCAAAUGUAUAG